CAUCCGCGCUAUUGACCGACCCCCGUGCUGCUGUUUGGGGGACAAUAUCAGUAGCCCGAUGCUUCACUCAUAAGAAAAGACAGUGUUUGCUGGAACUGUCGACGUCCUCUCAUACUUCAUCUGCCCACGCCAGGAUGCCUCGCUCUGCUCUGCAAAAUCUGAGAAAUGUUUCCGGCUGCUAGUCAUUACAGCUUUCUUGAUUGGCGGUGGAUGUAGACGCCGACGCGCCGCCGUAGCUGAUUGUUCUUUAAGUUUUGAUCGUCCGCUUCCGCCUUUUGAUAGUGCGAUAUUAAGGUCUGAUUUUUAAUUUUUAUUUAUUUAUUUAUUUUUCUCUUGGGAAGCGCUUGGUGAUCAUUGUGUGGCCAAACGCAGUACUAUGCGAGCAGAGGGGCUGGAGGCUGGCGGAGACUGGGACUGAGAGGCAGAGAUCUCUCAGACACCGUGCGCGUCUUUCUUGGACACAUCUCGGAGACAACUGUGGUGUGGCUCUCCUGCCUGCACACUUUACUUGGCAUUGCGAUGUCCACAGACAGAAAGACAUCGUUGACGGACAAGCAGACUAAAAACGGAACGUCAAAAUAUGUGUUGGAGAGAUGCGCUUCUAUUAACGAGUAUUAUGAUAUUGCCUUCAAGGUGAUGCUGCUGGGAGACUCGGCCGUGGGGAAGACGUGCAUCUUGGUGCGCUUUAAAGAUGGGGCAUUUCUGGGAGGCAACUUUAUAGCCACCGUUGGAAUAGACUUUAGGAAUAAAGUGGUGGAUGUCGACAACCUGAAAGUCAAACUCCAGAUCUGGGAUACAGCCGGUCAAGAGAGAUUCCGCAGCGUAACGCACGCCUACUAUAGAGAUGCCCAGGCGUUACUUCUGCUCUAUGAUAUCACCAGCAAGCUGUCAUUUGACAACAUCAGGGCUUGGCUGACUGAAAUACACGAGUAUGCCCAGAAGGAUGUGGUCAUCAUGUUGCUCGGCAACAAGUCGGACAUGGCUGCAGAAAGGGUCGUAAAGACAGAGGAAGGAGAGAAGCUGGCCAAGGAAUAUGGUGUACCAUUUAUGGAGACCAGUGCGAAAACAGGAGUCAAUGUGGAGCUGGCCUUUCUUGCUAUAGCAAAGGAGCUGAAGCACAGAGUGACACAGCAGCCGAAUGAGCCCAAGUUCCAGAUACAUGACUACAUCGAGUCCCAGAAGCACAAGUCUGGCUGCUGUAGCCUGGUGUAGCUGAUGCUGAUCACCAGGCAGAGAGACACACACAUAGAGAAGGAGAAAGAGAAAGAGAGGGAGGGAGGGGAGUGGGGUCGAGGUAAAAAUGUCUGCUCUCUUACAAAAAGCCAAUCCCAGCACCAAACCUGAGAAGUGGUCGCCCCUUGACUUCUCCACUGAGCUUUUAGCUGAAUGGAAGUGAAUCUGGAUUGGCUGCCAUCCCUUUUAUGAAAUGUGAAUUUAAAUCUCUUUUAUGUCAUGCGUAGAAAUGUUUGUGGUCUUUGUGGUGACAGUUGUAUCAAACUACAAGUCAGGAGUUACAAUCUGAAAUGCUAUAUCCAUCUGCAGGGACAAAAAGAAAACAGAUUUAUCAUUCUGCUCUUGAUAAUCGGCAGUUUUAUACGAACAAUCAAUACGACUGUUGAUGUGGAUAUAACAUUUUGCCAUGCAGCUCUUAGUUUGUUUCAUCCCAGUUUUACCAGGCUGUGAACUGAAUCCCUUUUGGCCUUACAGUCUUCAUCGUUAUCCUUUGAUAAUCUAGUGUGUUUGAGAAGUGGACUUCAGUCUCACAGUCAGAUUGUAGCUAAAAUGAUCCCGUCUGUUCACAUCUGUACUGCUGUUAGAUAGAAUAAAGCCAACGUUUUGAGGGUGCUCGACCACUGUGUGUCUGUCUGUACAUUCAAUUCAGGGCCAGUGAAACUUCAUUCAAAGUACUGUACAUGUAACUGUGCUGGAGGAUCACCCCACCAGGCUACAUACAAAGAGAUUAUUUUCAUUAUUUUCAUGUCUUCAGUUCAGAGUUUUCUCAGCAUGCAGUUUGCCUUUUUGCCAUUCACACACAGAGAUGCAGACAGCACUCCCAAACAUUCUUGUGUCUCCUUUAACGAUGGAUGUUGUUGUCUAGGCUGUACUGAAGCUGUAUUUGUUCACGCACCGCAUCGUGUAACUCGUUUCUUUGUACAAUGUUCAUUAUGAAUGUUUGCUUGUCGAACUUGCUUGAUGUCACAUUUGUCCCUCUUCUGAGGCGUCACGGUGAUCACAAAGUGCCAUGAAAAAGUGCUUUGUUAUCAUAUUAUAUAUAUAUAAAAGUAUAUUUUGUAAUGUA